AUGACUGAAGGUGAGAGAGAAUAUACAGUUGCCCAGUUCAGAAAGGCCAAACCACCUACUUACGAUGGGAAAUCGGAUCCUCUAUUGGCCGAACGUUGGAUUAGAAGAAUGGAGAGGAUCUUUAGAACCGAUAGAGUUCCCAAUGAUCGGAAGGUUGACUUUGCCACCCAAUGUUUGGAGGGCGAAGUAGAGUAUUGGUGGGAAGGGACUAGACUCGCCCUGGGAGGCAGAGAUGCGACAAUUUCUUGGGAAGAUUUUACAAAGGCCUUCAACACUCAAUUCUUCCCGAGGUCAUUCCAAGCGAAGAUGAGAGACGACUUCAUACACAUAUCUUGGGGUGACUCUAUAGUGAUGGACUAUGCAGGCCGCUUCAACCAGUUAAGUAGAUUUGCGAAACAUUAUGUGGAUGAUGAAGAACUUAAAGCUGAACAUUUCCAAAGAGGCCUUCGGCUUAAUAUACGUUCUAAGCUCGCACAUCUUGAACUGACCACAUACAAGGAUGUCUUGGAACGAGCGAUCAAGGUGGAAUGGUACAAAUUAGAGCGUGACACACAGGAGGAAGAUGCGGCGGCAUCUAACACAGUUGUUGCAGGUAAUAUUUCUAUUGCCUUGCAAUGUGCUUAUGCGUUAUUUGAUUCCGGUGCUACGCAUUCUUUUGUUUCUACUGAAUUUGUAAAGAAGCUUGAUGUGUUGCCUGAGCCUCUUGAAUAUGAAUUGCGUGUCAAUACUCCUACCGGUGAUUUCUUGGUUGCUGAUCAUGUGUUCAAGGGAUGUGUGCUCCAGAUUAAUAAUGUUGAAAUGACUGUGGAUCUAGUGGAGUUAAAUGUUCGAGAUUUCAAUAUUAUUAUAGGGAUAGAUUGGUUAUCCACAUACCGUGCUACUGUUGAUUGUUUUUCAAAGAAAGUGAUCUUUAGACUUCCAUGUCAACCCGAAUUCUCUUUUUCGGGAAGUUGUAAAGACACUUUUCCAAGGUUGAUAUCGGCUUUGCAAGCAAAGAAACUUUUGAGAAAGGGUUGUAGUGGUUAUUUGGCUUGUGUAAAAGACACAAGCAAGGUUGUAGCGAAGUUGGAAGAUGUUCCAGUUGUCAGAGAAUUUCCCAAUGUAUUUCCCGAGAAUUUACCAGGUUUGCCUCUUGAUAGAGAAAUUGAGUUCUGUAUUGAAUUGAUGCCCGGUACGGCACCUAUCUCUAAGGCACCAUAUCGGAUGGCACCUACCGAGUUGAAAGAAUUGAAAACGCAAUUGAAAGAGCUUUUGGAUAAAGGUUUCAUCAGACCUAGUGUCUCAUCUUUCCAGUUUUAUUUGUGA